AUGAAGUUCUCCAUGAUCACCGUCGGCUUCGCUGCCCUCGCCGCCGCCAGCCCCCUCGCCAGGCGCCAGGCCACCGUCUUCUCGACGACCACCUACGACGCCAUCUCCAUCAGCGGUGGCGUCGCCGGCAACGGCGAGCAGGAGGCCCUCGACGCCCUCGCCGGCCUGCCCGCCGACCUCUCGACCGUUGCCAAGGCGGAUCUCGACUUCCUUAACAGCGUCAACCAGAUCUGCAACCAGGCCGAGAAGGAGGCCUUCAACCCGGCCAUCGAGGCCGCCACGGGCGACGAGGCCCAGGCCCUCGCCAACGGCAAGACCAAGAACAAGAUCCUCAAGCUCACGGCCACCAAGCUCAAGCUGCAGGCGCAGGCCGCGCAGGGCCAGGACGUCGCCGCCAAGCUCGAGGAGGAGGAGAAGAAGCUGCAGAACAACAUCAACGCCGACAAGGAGGCGGCCGGCCAGGCUUCGACUGCCCUGCAGUUUGACGCCUCUACCGCUUAA